CUCUUGAAACGUUGUUCUUUGAACUCUGAAAUAUUAUAUUUCAAUCGGAUUUUUCACAAUAUAAACUAAAAUGUUGCAGAGGAUAUCACCUAUAAUAAUUCUGGUUUCGAUACAAAUGAUGCUGAAAAGUGCCGAAGGAAAAACGCACGUUCAUUUCAAAAUUCACGUUCCGGAAUUAAUAAAUCAUCACAUUCACACGAAAACAAUAUAUCUUCAUAUUCAUCCACUGCCAAAGGAUCAUCCAAAGGAGCCUCCAAAAAAGGAGCCACCAAAAAAGCAGCCACCGAAAAAAAAUCCCCCACAUUAUGAGGAAAGUAAUUAUGAAAAUUGGAAUUCCUACACUAGUUACAAUAAUGAAGGUGAUCAUCAAGAAAUUGAUGAAAACGGUGAUAUCUUCAAAUCGGGCCAGGAGAAGGAAAAGUGCAUAAAGGGCAAUAAUUAUCAGAAGGAUAAUUACGAUUCAUAUUUUCCCACUUCCUAUGAGAAUAUAAAUCCCGAAGAUUAUUAUAAUGAAUUGUCCCAGCAAAAGGAGAAUUACAAUUCUAAUUAUAAUUCCAAUUCAAAUCCAAAUUUAAAUUCCAACUAUUCGAAUUCUAAUCCGAAUUCUAAUCCAAAUUCUAAUUAUAAUUCUAAUCCGAAUUCUAAUUAUAAUUCAAAUCCGAAUUCGAAUUAUAAUUCCAAUCCGAAUUAUAAUUUUAAUCCGAAUUACAAUUUUUAUCCGAAUGAUAAUAAUCCGAGUAAUUAUCCAAAUAAUGGCUAUUCGCAAUAUGACGCGGGACAGGAUGUGACUGGUUAUAUGUUUCCUCCACAAUAUGCGAUUCAUGAGGAGAUUAAUGACAUUCCCAACAAUGAGAUUGAGCAAUUUGAUGUCUAUGAGAAUGGAUAUAAAAGGGGCAUUGAAUCGGAAACGGGACAUUUGUUGACGAAAAAUUUAAAGGAUUUUUAUGAUGACAAAUUUGAGGAAGCUGGCGAAUUUGAGGAAAAAGAUGAACAAAGUGAAAAUGAGAAGCAGUCAUCGGACAUUUAUCAAGGAAAUUAUGAUAAGGAAAUCACUCAUAGAGAUCGGUCUACGAAUAAAAAUGGACAGAGGCGAAUUUUUUCACCGCAUCUUAUUGUCAGAUAGACCCUAUUAAUUGUACUGUUGAAAUAUUUUUAAAUAUUUAAAUAUUUCCAAAAAGUUUCAAUUUUA